AUGGACCUAAGGAGUUGUUUCUAUAAUGAUUUUUUUCUUGCAUGCAGCUGUUAUCAGGACAGCACUAUUGCUUUGUUUUAUGGAGGCAGAGGUGAAGGAAGCUGGUGGGGCUGGUUCCAGAGUGCUAGAGACAAGGUGGUGUCUCAGUCCUCUGAAGUUCUUGAGUUUGUCAAGAAAGAUAUUGAUGAGUUCACUAAAGUUGUUACUGAAGAAGCAUCAUCUGUUGUCUCAUCAACAGCCAGUACACUUAAGGAAAAGCUACGAUUGGAUGAUGAUGAAAGUACAGCUAAUAACAUGAAAAAGAGUGUUAGUGGGUUUUUGAAUCAUGUAGCUGAAGUUUUUACUACACCACCUGACGAUGCAGAUCAAGAAGCAAUUGUUAUACGUAAUCAGCAACCGAUUAUUCUCAACAGACUUCAGGCUGCCAUUUAUGCCAUAUCACAAGAUGCAGCUACAUUCCUCACUGAUCCCGAAGGAGAAGAAAAGGAGUAUGAAGAAUGGCUUGGAACGUUUGAUUUAGAGUCACAUCAAACAGAGCUAUCAGAUCUCCUCGUAAACAAUCAACCUCUUAGACAUAAUUAUACUGCAUUAGUUCCUGCGCAGGUAUCACAUGUUGUUUUCUGGCAUCGUUAUUUUUAUAAAGUCAAAGAGUUGGAGAAAGCUGAUGCACGAAGACAAGAGCUUAAGCAAAGAGCAGAGAAGUCAGCAGACCCAGAGCUUGUUUGGGAUGAAGAUGAGGAGUUUGGUGGCGAUGUAGAAAUCACCGAGGAGAUGCAGGCACAAUUGCUAGAGGAUUACCAAAGGGAAUGUGAACAGCAGGGGAAAUCCAAUUUGGACAAUGAUGACAAAAAGCUAGAUUCAGUUGAUAAAGAUGAAACAAGUUCAAAAGACAGUGAAGUCAAAGACUCUUCAAAUGAAGAGUCAAGUUCUGGUCCUGAGAAAUUAUUGGAAGUGCUUAAUGUGGAUUUGAAUAAAACUUCAGAAGUAACAAGUAAACCUUCUCCAUCAUCAACAGAGAGCAAUGAAGAUGAAUGGGAAAAAGUUGAUGCCACAGAAGCAGCAGCAUCUCAAUCCUCUACUUCUACAUCUACAGAUAAGCCCAAGACUGAAAAGGCAGAUGGAAAGGGUGAAGAUUGGGAAAGUUGGGAUUGAAACCUUUUGAGAAGCUAGAUUUGGUCAAUGCCCUUGGUUAAUGGAAUGAAAAUCUUGCAGCAAGAGAAGUCAUGAGUAGUUGCUUGUUUCCUCUGUUUUGUUUUUAAGUGGCUUUUACAACUAAGUCAUGACUUGGGGGAAAAGAACUUAGAUAAGCAAUGCAUUUUGUACAGUGUCUGAGAUAAGUAGGCCAUUUGAAGACCGGUUUUACCAUGAUUGUACUGGUAAAAUAUAUGCUGCUUCUGUCAUUAUUUAUUGCAUUUAUGAAAAUGCAAUAAAUUUUAUAAUAAAAUGCAGCAAAUAGCUAUAAUUAUAAAGUCAUCCAAGCUUUGUCAUUAACAUUUAUAUUUACAUUUUUUUUAGUUAUUAUAUUUACAAGCUUGGUAAUGUUUCAUAAUACCAGUUUUGUUUAUUGGUUUUCAAGGAAUUAUUGUUAAGUGUGAUAUAUGUUUUAGUAUUUUAUUGAUUUCUGAAUUAUAAAAACAUAACAAAUCUAUAUUGUGUAUAAACUUGUAAUGAGAUUAUAUUGGCAAAAACUUUCAGCAUUCCUUUUGUUACAGAAGUAACUGGAAUCAGGUAUUCAAAUCCAGUUCCAGCUUUAUAAUAUACAGUGGUCAUCUUUUUUUUCUUUUCAAGUUGCAAAAAGUAAAUAAGGUUAAUCUUUUAGUGCACUGCUCAUUGCCAUCAUUUAUGCAAAUGAUAUGUUAAUUUUGUAAUACAAAUCCACUUGUAAGAAAAAAUUGUGACCUAUAUGCUAUAUUGUUGUUGCAACCACUGAGUGUGUUAUUUAUGAUAGAUCCUAUUUAUUUUUUAAGAGUUCUAUAGCAAGAAGUUAGGUUUUUAACUUUUAUAUCUUUACAGCAAGUACAAAUCAUAGUUUUAAAUAUGCCACUACUUGCUGAUGAAAGUUGGUAAAGAACAUGUAGUUGAUGAAUUGCAAUGCAAAGCUAACCAUGUAGAUAACAACAGAAGUGGAUACUUGCAAAUAAGAAGCACUGCCAGUGAGGAGCCAGCGUACUGCUUUUCCUGUUAUACAAUUUCAUAUAAUAAGUACUGUAAUGGUUUAUUUCAUUACAAUAAUGCAUAACAUAGUUUUCUUAACUUUUGACAGCCAGCUGUAUAUAUAAUUUGUAUUUUCUUGAAGUGUUUGAUGUACGUAUCGUGCAUUUCAUACUUUCUAUUAAACUGCAUGACUAUUGCUGUGGUGUUGGCAGCUUUGAGGUGAGAGCAUAAAGCAAAGUAUGUUUAAAUGAAUUGGUUUCAUGUACAAAUAGCCAUGUUUUUUAAUUAUGUUGCUGUUGAUUAGCUGAAUUUAAUAUAUUUUUUCUUGUACUUGGAGCAACAGAAUGGACCAUAAUCUAAAAGUUUUUUCAAGGAAGAAAGAAGUCACAUAAGACUGGAUACGUAUUCAAUGUCCUUUUCUCAAAAACUGUCAUUUGAGGCCGUUCCCAUGACUUUAGCUGUAGUAUAAACCCUUGUACCCAGUUUUAAUCAAGCGCUCUCUUGUUUCAUAGUGCAAUAAUUUCCUAGUUAGUUUCCUGUCACAGUCAAUUACUUUACCAAACAAAAAAGGGGGAGUAUUAAAUUGACCUUGCUGGAUGGAAGUCUUUUCUUGCAUCAUUUAGGUCUGGUAUUAGUUAAAUUUAUUGCAAACUUUGCAGUUUUAAUUUUAGCUAUAUCACAUUUUCAAAUAAUUUUCUGGUCACACAAGAGAUAAUUCAAACAAAAGCAGCAAGUUUACAGCAUGUUUCACUGAAAAGACCAAUUGUAUGUUAUGUAUAAAUGAUCAUUGGUAGGUUAUAAAUUUAGCAUUUUUCAUAUUUUACAGCUUAAAAACAAAUUUUCCCUCUUGAUUUCUCAUCUCUCAGUUCAAGUUUGACUUGAUCUAGGUAGAAAGUUUGCUCUGUUUGGAUGUGUCCACAUUGUAGUAAAAUACUUUGCAAACACACUGGCUAUUUAGGCAUGCAUAUCAUGGACAGGUGGAAAACAAUUAUCCAAUGCUGGAUAAUUGUAUGAACCACUGUUUAGGACUAUAAAUUUAACAUGCAUUCAACCUGGUUGUGAUGUGUGAGCAAUAAUUUUGUGAAUUGUGUGUUUAUUUAUGUUUAGUCUGGACUCUCCUUUGUGCAGCAAAAGUUGUCAAUUUUGGAAUUGUAUACUGCAGGGGUCAGCAGAUAAAAUUGAUUUUAACAGCGAGGUUGCCAAUAUUUACAGCAUCAGUUUCCAGUUUCAGCAGCAAAAUAUCUUGGCAGCAAAAUUUGGCUGAAGAACUGUGUGCUCCUUAUGUGCAAGGUUAUCACUACUUUCCUCUUUCCUACAGUGUCAGCCCAAGGCAUACAUAAAACUGAGGUUUGUAUAUUUUAAUAAGAAAAAGAAUUUGUUUAAAUAUUCAUAUAUUAUGGGAGCUAAAGUAUGCAGUUUUGUUAUGCAUAUCAGGUUCAGCUCCACCUUUGUCUGAAAAGAGAAGCCUCUUCUUGACUAAUUCAAACAGAUAAUGGCAAAUAUAUAUUUUACAGAAUUAUUUAACUUCUUUAUGACCUAGUAAAUGUACUAGUACUAGAGUUUACAAUUGACUGCCCCAGAACAGAUUGGAUGGAAGUAAAUGUAACUUUUUUUAUAUGUAUUACAGGAUGUGUGCUAGUGAUAUAUACUGGAGAGUUAAACCUUGCCAUGGAAGUCAGUUUGUUGCAGAACUUUUGCCUAAACUUUUGCUUAUUAGUAUAAAGUAAUAUAGUAACCAAUACUACAGUAUAAUGAAAUGCUGUAAUUAUAGUGUGUGAAUAAGCUUGUGCUGAUGCUUUACUCUGGACAAGUUUUUAUGAAAUUUUGCCAUUAUCUGCUAUGGAAAUAUUUUAUGGUUGUUGCAUACAUAUACUAGAGGUAAAGUUUGGGUGUACAAAUCUUUUUCCAUGCCACUGAAAAGAUUGUGCUGGGACGUGUUACCUGUGAAGUUUUAUUCUAAUAUAAUAUAUUAUAUACUUUUUUGUUUUGAGUAUGUCUUUUCUAUGAUGAAAUUCACAUAUAUUUCUUUCAAUAUAUAUUGAAUACUUCGAGAACUUGCCUUUUUCUGCACAUGGUUCUAUCCUUGAUUCAACAUUUAGAGCAUGACUACGGUAGUGAAUGCCAUUUUUUUUUUUUAUCUGUGAGGUUGUCCCCUCUUAUGGGAAACUGCUUAUUGGAAAAAAUUAUAUUACCAUGGUAUUUUGUAUGUAACCAUAGAAAAUUCCCCUGUAAAAGUAUGAAGGUUAAUCUUAAUUAUUGUUAUUUUGUGUUUCAAAUCAUAAAAUCUGAGGGAAAAAAUGCUUAUGAGCUGAAGUUUAAAUUCUAAGGCAAUUUGCUCAUUAUAUGGUGCAUUGUUGGUUUUAUACUUAGUGUAAGCAUGGGGUUUAUUAUCCACAGUACUAUUUAUUAUCAUAAAAGUGUUGUUUAAGUUUGCUUAAUUUGUCGAUACACUCACCCAGUAUUAGUUAGAAAUGGUUCCUCAUACAGGUGUUAAUUCAUUCUGCAAGUUCAAUUUAAAGGGUUCAGAUAUACAAGAUUGUUCUAACCUCAUUCAUAGUAAAAAUAGUGAGUUUUGGGAUGGAUAGUGUUUAGUGUAGAUCAUUGCUAUUAUCCUCUAAUGGUUUUGUAGUCAUCUCACAUUUAUGUUAAUAGUAAUAUUGUUUCCAAACCAUAUCCAUUUUUUUUUAACUUUUCAAUUAUUUAUCACUAGAAUAUUUUGCCUUAUGAACCUAAGUUAUUCUAAUGGACUACUGUACAUCAUGACUGACUGUUAUGUGCACUUUGUCUUUAUUUGCAUGAAGCUUAUGUUUAUGAUAAUACUUUUCAAUAUGUUUCAUUAUUUUGUUGACUAAACAAAUUAACAUAUUUCUGAGUUUGAUAGUUUCAUUAUGACUACAGUAUUCAGUUUGUCCAGUAAAUUGGAAGCACAGUAUUAGCUGGUUUAGGCAAAUGAAAAAUACAAAUAAAUAUAAAUUCAAUUUUA